AUGACAAAGCUCAUGCAAUUCGAGUACGAGAUAAGAUAUCGGAAGGGGUCAGACAACACAGCUGGAGAUGCUCUAUCCCGAGUCCCGGCCCCCGUGUUUUAUGCUUUGGCAUCCUUUGUUGUGCCGCUGGAGUUGGUGGGGUGGAUUAAGGCUUUUUGGGCAGAGGAUCCCUAUGUGCAGAAAAUAAUAACGGAAAAGGAGGAGGAUCCGACUUCUCAUGUGAAGUUCAGCUGGGUAAAUGGGGAAUUACGGCGUAAAGGAAAGCUGGUGGUGGGAAGUGAUCUUGUCCUGCGAGCUCAAAUCUUGAAUCUGUUCCACGCUUCGGCACUAGGAGGACAUCUAGGAGCAUUGGUAACCUAUAAGAGGGCAUCUGCGGUGGUUUAUUGGCCUAAGCUAAGCAAGGAAGUUCGCGAGUUUGUCCGAGGUGGAUCUCUUACACUCGACGGCAUAUCACCCAGAAACGGAUGGCCAAUCCGAGGGGAGAAGCCACACACUUGGGCGCAAUGGCUGAGGUUGGUGGAGUAUUGGUAUAAUACCUCCUUCCAUUCGACCAUCAAGUUGACUCCAUUCGAAGCCCUCUAUGGGUACGAGCCUCUGUUGCACGUUCCUUAUCUGCCCGGUGACUCGAACAUUGAGGCCGUGGAUAUAGCUCUUCGUGAUAGGGAAGAAAAGAUUGCCUUGUUGAAGGCAAAUCUGGAGCGGCCUGCAGUGAGAAUGCAAAACCAAGCUAACAAGAACAUAGUUGAUCGUGAGUACGCCAUUGGUGAAUUGAUUUUGCUGAAGUUACAGAAAUACCGACAGAAAUCAAUCUGGGGUAAACAUCACAAGUUCGGGUCGAAGUACUUUGGUCCAUAUCAGAUCGUGGAUCAGAUUGGGCAGGUGGCCUACAGGUUGAAUCUGCCGGCUACAACAGCCAUACACAAUGUGUUCCACGUGUCGCUUCUCUGA